CACAUCGCGUAAACCACACGGUCAUGUCAUGAAGACCGACACACAUACACUGCGAUCCACACACACUCACGCACUGACACAGAGGGGCAGAACCAACGCAAAGCCCUGCACCAACGAGCAUCCACAGCGGGCUGGAUGGAGGGGUGUGUAUGUGCGCGUGUGUUGGGUCAGCUGAGUAGAGUCUCACAACCACACCCUCUCCUUUUUGAAGGACGGCUAGAGUUUGUAGCGAAGGAGGUAACGGCGUCUCGCAGCCCAGGCGCAAACGUGACACCGAGAGGCGGCACACCCACCAGCCCGGCGCAACCAAGAAGCGCGCCCGACGGCCAGGCCCGGGGAGGGAGGCGUUGACGCUGAGCACUGUUACCCUGCGCAUGUGCGGCGGGAAGUGUUUAUCUGUACAUCGUUGUCUGCAGCCGCUGGCGUCAGUCUGUCCGUCAGCCAGUCAGGCUGCCGUCGCAUUGAAAGAUUGUCGAGGGCACCAACUGAGUCCAGCAAGUGCAUUGCACUGGACAUGGGAUACAUCAUUCAGCUGCGUUCGCAAACCAUCCAGUCAGUCUCUGAUCUCUCACGAGCUAAAAGUUGUUCUUGUACGCGAAAGGCACCUGCCAACCCACAGACAGACAGACAAUCAGACGGCUUGAGCUCUGCCUCCCCGCUUGUGAUGAGCCAUGCUCUUCACUGACCUUGGUCCGUUGGUUGGCGUGGAAUUUGUCGAUAAGAAGCUCUGCCCCCCUCCUGGGGCUGCCCGAUCCGAGUCGUAAGAGCUCUGCCUCCUCGCGUAUGCCGUGGAAGAGGUUGUAAAGGGGGUCCUCCGUGGCCCUGUCGAUCAUGUCAGGGUCAUAGUCGGGGAACCUGGGGGUGUCGACCGCAUCGGCAGACCGCACGAUCUCUAUCCUAUCAAUCUUGAUCCGAGUCAUCUCCUGACGGUGGCCCUGCAUCCGACGGUAGUGCUUCUUCGGCUGAUGAACAACACACACACACCAACCACACACACCACCAAGCAAAGCCUUGUGAGUGAGGGACGGGAGCAUGUGUGGUGCAAUGCAAACGGACUGACCCUGAAUUUGAAGAUCUUGAGCUUGGGUCCUCUGAAGUGUUCCUGUACUGUGGCGUACACCCUGACGUUCUCAAGGUAGGGUGUGCCGAACCACGCCUCGCCCUCGGGCGUGUUGUAGACCAGGACACGGUUCAAAGCCACGCGGCGCCCCUCGUCGGCCUGAAGGCGAUAGACGUUGUAGAACCUCCCCACCUCCACCCAAUGCUGAUGACCGCUCAGCUCCACCACGGCAAACGAACCACUGCGAUCUCGCCCAUCAGUCCGCUUAGCAAGCCGCUCCUGUGCUGGAGAUAAAUACUCGGUCGUGUCAGCCACGGCGGCCGAUGCUGCAGCGGUCCGCCGAGGUCCACGAGCUCCCACAGUGGCACUGUCCAGCCGUGCAGGGAUAGAUGAGAGGGGUGGGAGGAAGCCAUGGCUGUGAUGCUGGAACAGGAGGAAGGAGAAAGUAAUCCCCACGCACGCCGUCCUUGUUGAAUGCCAAAUCAUCGCUCUUCCUCUU